AUGGCUAACACAUCCUCCAUCACUUUCUUCUUCUUCUUCUUCUUCUUGUAUUUGCUGAUACAAACAUCCAGUGCAGGCAGCUUCAAUGUGAUUAGUUUUGGUGCAAAAGGCGACGGGAAAACCGACUCGACAAAAUCAUUUCUGAAGGCAUGGACAUCGGCUUGUAGCUCCUCCACUCCAUCCACCAUCAACGUCCCCAAGGGAAGGUUCUUGCUAACCCCCAUCACAUUUAGAGGCCCAUGUAACAACCAUAUUACCUUCCGUUUAAAUGGCACGCUCGUCGCACCUCUCGAUUAUCGUGCCCUCGGAAAUUCUGGAUACUGGAUUUUGUUCAUCAAAGUUGAUGGCGUUUCUUUCUUUGGUGGCAACAUUGAUGCAAAGGGCGCUGGGUAUUGGGCUUGCAAGAAAGCUGGAAAACAGUGUCCAGUUGGAGCUAGGUCAUUGACAUUUAAUUGGGCAAACAAUAUUUACGUCAGUGGAAUAACCUCGAUCAACAGCCAACAAACUCAUCUUGUAAUCAACAGCUGCAAAAAUGUAAUGGUUAAAAAUGUGAAGGUAAUGGCACCCGACCAAAGCCCCAACACUGAUGGAAUUCAUGUCCAGUCGUCUUUUAAUGUGACGAUCACUGGAAGUACGCUUCAAACCGGAGAUGAUUGCAUAUCCAUUGGAGAUGGAACAAAGAGCCUACUUAUGAGUCAUGUCAAAUGUGGGCCCGGCCAUGGUGUAAGCAUUGGUAGCUUGGGGAAAGAGUUCAAUGAAGAUGGAGUUGAGAAUGUAACAUUGACAAAUGCAAUUUUCAUUGGAUCCGACAAUGGUGUGAGGAUAAAGACAUGGCCUACGGCUAGCAAUGGUUUUGUCAAAAAUGUUCUCUUUCAAAAUAUCAUCAUGAAGAAUGUUAAGAAUCCUAUCUUAAUUGACCAAAACUAUUGUCCGAAUAACAAAGGUUGUCCUUCUCAGAGUUCUGGAGUGAAGAUUAGUGGAGUGACAUAUAGAAAUAUACAAGGAACAUCAGCAACAAUUGAAGCUAUGACGUUUGAUUGUAGUCCAAGCAAUCCAUGCAGUGACAUACAAUUACAAGACAUCAAGCUCACAUACAAGAACAAGACAACAACAUCCUCAUGCAAGAAUAUCGGUGGAUCCAGUAUUGGAGUACUUGUGCCGGAGAGUUGCUUAUGA